AUGUCUCUCCGGGCUUCGCAACCUGGUAAGACUGCGCCCAAGUUCUUGCAUGAUCUCCUCCGGCUCGAUCCCCAAUCCGUACACUCGAACCGCAACAUCCUCGUCGACAAUCCUCCACAGUUCGAUGGCGAUGCUCGUACUGGUCCGCCUUUGGUCUUGGACAGAGGCAGCUGCAAGCACGAAUACUACUCUCACUUAGAAAGAUGUAACUUGCCGCGUAUCGAUGAGGCAGCCCAGCAGGAUACCCGCUGGACAGUCGCUGCUUCCUGCAGGAAAUGCCGCCUUUACCUCACCCUCACUCUCGACUACCCAGACACUGGCUGCAGACAACCAUGUCCCAAUAGCGUUUACCCGCUGCAUCAUCUUCGCCACCAGUCGACCGACUCCUCACAAGUCAGCUACCACUUUGAGUGCUCCAACAUUGCAUGUCAAGCACACGUUCACGUUGCAUACGAGCAACCUGUCCUGUCCAAAGCAGACAUCCUACUUCUCACCGAUGCACAAGCCUUGAGUAGACGCCAUGAGAGUAUCCUAGAAAGUACCCCGGAUCGCGCCGGUGUAAAAUUGGCAACUCCCUUGGACGUCUUCACUCGCCUCAAGAGAUACGUCUCGGAUUCCCUGAUCACAAGCAAUGCUAGACGCAGCUUUCCCGCUAGGAACAAGAAAUUCAUGGAAGCCUUCGGAACAGACUGUGAUGCGAUACUCUACCGUUUGGGUUUCACGAGGGGCGAAGACACUGAAGGCGAGGACCAAUGGAAGCUGCCUUCGCCAAUGUCAUUUGACGACCCGGAUCUGUUGCGUCAUACUCUUGAGAAACUGAUCGUGGAGGUGCAAUACUUGAUUGACGACUAUUGUGCUAGCCAUGCAACGCCCAAUCCCUCUCGACCGACUUAUCAGGAUGCAAAGUUAGAUAUGGCACGCACGUUGAGUGCCCAAGCCUAUGAUAAAGUUCCUGGACGCAACUUGGCUUCAGGAGAAGAGGACCAUCCGUAUUAUGCUAGUCUUGGUGCUCUCGGUGACUUCUCGGAUCGUCUCAUCGCCUUCUGCUAUGACCGCCAGGCUGCAAGCGACCCUUCAGAAGGGCCGUACUAUUUCGAUUGUCUUCACGAUCUCGCGACCAACAGAGGGAGCGAGCUACUGAUCAUGAAGUCAUCUACGCUCGCAUCUCAGGACGUCUUGAGCAAGAAGGAUAUCAAUCAAGCAUACAAGGCUCUUGGUGUUGAUCAAGACUCACAGCACACGAUCAGCGACGAACAUGUCAUCGGUAUUUACAGAUCACGCUGGUCGGACACUGGGCCUCAAGGACAGGCCGAUCUGAAGUUAGCCCUGAAGACAUUGGGUCAUGCCAGGAAGAGUCGAUCACUAAUUGAUGCUGCCGCGGAUACUGUUGAAACAAACGAACAGGCACUUUCAUGGCUUGGCGCUGAUGCCACCCAGCCUGACGAUAUGAUAGUCGCACUUUAUGGUGUCAAAGUCAACGAUGAUCCAUCAACCAAGGAUCUUGCGCGUCAAGCCAUUGAAUUGAUUACCGCACACCGCAAAAGCGAAAUGUUACAAAGUUGGCUUGCCACUGGCGAGAUGACACCCGCAGCAAUGUCUCUUGAAGAUGCUCUCAAACAUUUCGAGAUCGAAAAUCUCGACGGCGUAGACCCUGAGGUGCUGGAAGUGGUGUUUGGUAUGGCUCCAGAUGGUCCUGUCAAGGACAGAGCAGUAUCGACCAUUCGAAAAGCUAUGGAAGAUCGUAAGCCUUCGACAGAAACCUGGCCAGUCGGAUUGAUCAGCCACGGCAAUACUUGCUACCUCAACAGUCUUCUCCAGUACUACUUCACCAUCAAGCCUCUCCGAGAACUGGUCCUCGACUUCGAUAAGUACAAGUACGAUCUUACAACUCAAGGCGCUAAAGAAGAGCGGGUUGGCAACCUCCAUCGCCCGGUGUAUGAGAUCGAGUCUUUCCAGAGCCUCACCAACGAUCUUCGCCACCUGUUCGAGCGAAUGAUCAAGGACCGCGGACCGGCUGUCAGACCUGAGGCGGAUCUGGUCUGCCGUGCUUUCUUGAAGCCCUCUAAUCCAGAAGCAGAUACCACUGGUUCUCAGAAGGACGAGGCAGUGGACGUCAACAUGACCACAACCGAGAGCGAGAGCCACCCUGCCGAUGUGGCGACUUCUGGUAGCGUGGAGGAGCUGACAACAGUCUCCCAAGCCAGUUCAACGACAUUACAAGACGAUGCUGUGCUUACCCCGCCAGCUACGCCGAAGGCAGAGAAGGAAGGCGAACUCCUUGCCCCGCCAUUACCGCCUAGAAGGCCCGAAACACCCUCGCAGCAAACCAGGACGAACCUCGAGAAAGCAGAGGAGGCUGCCAGACAACAACAAGAUGUCGCGGAAGUCAUGGAGGAGCUAUUGACAAGACUGAGAGCUUCCAUCAAGCCGCUUGGUCAAGACGCUCAGGGAGAGCAGCUGGACCAACUUCGGGAUAUCUUCAACAUGCGGAUUAUGGACACAAUUAUUCCCGAAGACGAGCAAGCUUCGACGAAGGAAGACGACUUCACCAACUUGAUGCUGUUGCCUCCAUACGAGCCUACCGACAUCUACUCUGCUCUUGAUAGAGUCCUUGACCUUCAUCUGGAACCAGAAGCCAGCAAGCCAGUCAACGUGUACAAGACCUUGAAGUCCUUCCCACCUAUUCUCCAGAUCAGCAUCAAUCGGAUUCGUCUGGGUCGCGACGGCAAGCCAGUCAAGAGCGUUGAUCGCAUCAGACUCGAAGAGACUCUGUACAUGGAUCGCUACUCAGAGGAUGACGCCAUCCUCGCUCGACGCAAGCAAUGCUGGGAGUGGCGAAGACGUCUACGUGGUCUCCAGGCCGAGAAAGAAAUCAUACAGAAGACCGAGGUCGGUAUUGAUGGACCGUCAGCACUCGAUGGUGUAGGUGAAUGGUUAGCGACUCUUCAUGAAGUGGAUGCACUACUUGCAGAAGUAGGCGUCGACGCUCUCAACGUUCCCGAGUCACUCGCCUUAGAUCUCCAACAAGAGAGCAUCCUCCAGCGUGCCCGUCUGACCGUCAUAGACAAGGAAGUACGAGAGCUGGAAGGGAGCAUCGCCAAACAGUUCUCAGGACCUGACUUUGAGAGGCUGAAGUACCGUCUUCAUGCCGUGUUCUUCCAUCGUGGUAGCACGGGACAUGGUCACUACUGGACCUACAUCUACGACAUCCAAAACAACAUGUGGCGGUUGUACAACGACGAGAAGGUCGAGCAGUUUGACAAGCUCAACGAUAUUCUCAACGCAGAUAGCUGGAUGCAGGGUACGCCCACAUACGCCGUGUAUGUCCGAGACGAUACCAAGGAACAGUUCGUUCAGCCGUUGUGCCGCGAUGUGGAAGAAGUUGCCGACGAACCAAUGCCCGACGCGCCGAUGCUGUCAGAGCCGAUCCCGUCCGAGCCCAAUUACACUGCCUUGCCUGAGGCCGACAGGAUCCAAGAGGUGGGUGAUUGGAACAAGGUAGAGGCCCCACAGAACACGGUGAAUUGGUAG